UGCUCCGAAUCUCCCCAACUGUCACCCAUCACCUCGGGAGCCAGAAUCUGUGGGAUCGCGGCAUGGGGCCCCCAAAGAGGAGCCACACCCUCGCCGUCGCCUCUUUGUUCCUUUUUGCCUGCUUGGUCACCGCGGAGGCUAAGAACCAGCCCGGUUACUGCUCCUUCUACGAGGAGUGCGGCAGGAACCCGUCCGUCAACGGGAGCCUCAUCAAGCCCAUCAUCCCCUGCGUGAACUUCAGCCCCGCCCGCCAGAUCCAGGGCGCGCACUACGCGCGGCUGAAGAAGGUGUGCCCCAUGCUGGCGCGCGGGGAGGGCAACACCACGGCCUGCUGCUCCAUGAACCAGCUCUCCUCGCUGGAGAACAGCCUGACGCUGUCCAAGGCCAUCCUGGUGCGCUGCCCGGCCUGCGCAGACAACUUCGCCCACCUGCACUGCAUCACCACCUGCAGCCCCGACCAGAGCCAGACGCUCACCAUCCUGCGCACCAUCAACGUCACCGUCCUGGGCCAGGAGAAGGAGGCUGUGGUGGCCUAUCGUUCCUACGUCUCCGAGACGUUCAUUGACGCCUCCUUCAAGUCCUGCCAGAACGUGCGGAUUCCAGCCACGGGCGGCUAUGCCAUAGCCACCAUGUGCGGGCGCUAUGGCGCCAGCCUCUGCACCCCACAGCGCUGGCUUGACUUCCAGGGGGACACCAGUAAUGGGCUGGCGCCCCUCGAUAUUGACUUCCGCAUCAUCCCCAACGGUGCCCCCGUGCCCCCGGGAAUCGCGCCUUACGCGGGCAAGGCCCUCAGGUGCAACGAGACCACGGACACCGGUGGCAAGGCGUGCUCCUGCCAGGACUGUGUGGAGUCCUGCCCGGCUGUGGCCCCGCCCCCACCCCCUCCCCCACCCUUCCUGAUUGGUCAACUGGACGGCGUGCUGGCUGUGUGCCUCAUUGUAUUCGUCAUCCUUUCUGUCACCUUUGUGGGCUUUCUGGUGGUACGCCAUUUUGGACCUGGCGGCAGCCGCAGCACCGUCAAGGCCGCGGAGGCGAAGACCAAAGUUAAGGACAAAAACAGCAACGAGGUGGGCAAGGCCAAGGAUGAGGUCAUUGACCCAGGGGAUGUGACGUGCACGGACCGGAACAGCCUGGCUACGGAGGAGUUCCUGGGUUCCGUGUUCCAGAGGUGGGGGACUCUAAUGGCUCGGCACCCCUUCAAGGUGCUGCUGACUUCAGCAGCGGUGGUGGCAGUUUUUGGAACAGGCAUGAUGCACAUCGAACUGACCACAGACCCCGUGCAGCUGUGGUCUGCCCCCAACAGCCGUGCCCGCCGAGAGAAGGACUUCCACGACAGCCAUUUUGACCCCUUCUUCCGCACCAACCAGCUGAUCCUGACCGCACCCAAUUACCCCAGCCACGCCUAUGACUCUCUGCUGUUUGGGAUGCACAACUUCAGUGGCAUCAUCUCCAAGGACCUGAUCCUGCAGCUGCUGGAGCUGCAGAAGCGGAUCCAGGCCAUCGAGUUCUGGUCCGACGACCUGAACCGCACCGCCAGCCUCAAGGACAUCUGCUUCGCCCCGCUGAAUCCUGGGAACCCAUCGCUGACGGACUGUGCCGUAAACGGCCUGCCCCAGUACUUCCAGAACAGCGUGGACAAUUUGAAUGCCAAGGUCAACAUGACAGAGCUGGGGGUGACCCAGGAGGUGGACUGGAGGGACCACUUCAUUUACUGUGUUAACUCUCCCCUGUCUUUCAAAGACAUCACAGAUCUGGGCCUGAGCUGCAUGGCAGACUACGGGGGUCCGGUCUUCCCCUUCCUGGCUGUGGGUGGAUACCAGAAUGAAGACUACACCAAUGCAGAAGCUCUGAUCCUCACUUUCUCUCUGAAUAAUUAUCAGAGGGGGACCCCCAAAUUUAAACUGGUAGAGAAAUGGGAGCAAAUGUUCCUGGACAUCGUUCAGGAGUACCAGAGGAACCCAGCCACAAACUUCACAUUCGCCUACAUGGCAGAGAGGUCGCUUGAGGAUGAGAUCAACCGGACGACCGCGGAGGAUAUCCCCAUCUUCAUGAUCAGCUACGCCGUGAUCUUCAUCUACAUCGCCAUGGCGCUCGGGGAGUACUCCUCCUUCAAGCGCAUAUUGGUGGAUUCCAAGUUCCUGGUGGGCCUGGGCGGGAUCCUGGUGGUGGGAUGCUCGGUGCUGUCCGCCAUGGGCUUCUAUGCCUGGAUUGGAGUGCCCUCCUCCCUGGUCAUCCUGCAAGUGGUGCCCUUUCUGGUGCUGGCAGUGGGAGCUGACAACAUCUUUAUCUUGGUGCUGGAGUACCAGAGAGACGAGCGUAGGCUGGGAGAGAGCAGAGAAGAACAGAUCGGCAGAGUUCUGGGUCACGUGGCUCCCAGCAUGCUCCUCUGCAGCAUGUCUGAGUCCAUCUGCUUCUUCCUGGGUGGGCUGAGCAGCAUGCCGGCGGUGAAGUCGUUCGCGCUGUACGCGGCGCUAGCCGUGCUGUUCGACUUCGCGCUCCAGAUCACCGCCUUCGUGGCGCUGCUGUCCCUGGACGCUCGCCGGCAGGACGCCGGGCGCUGCGAGCUAGCCUGCUGCGUCACCGUGUCGUCCCCCCGCCCGUCCAAUCACGGCCAGGGCGUCCUGCUGCCCGCCAUGAAGCGCUACUACGCCCCCGUUCUGCUGCACCCCGUCACCAGGGUUACCGUGAUGGUGCUGUUUCUCUUCAUGUUCUGCGCUUCGGUCUUCCUGAUGUUCCAUGUGACGGUGGGCCUGGAUCAGGAGCUGGCCAUGCCUAAGGACUCCUACAUGCUGGAAUAUUUUAAGUACCUAUACAAGUACUUUGAGGUAGGCGUCCCGACGUACUUUGUCACCACAAGGGGCUUUAACUUCACCACGGUAGCAGGCAUGGACGCAGCAUGCUCCAGCGUCGGCUGCGACCCCUUCUCCCUGACUCAGAAGAUUCAGUACGCCACGGAGUACCCCGACAAGUCCUACCUGGCUAUCCCAGCAUCCUCAUGGGUCGAUGACUUCAUUGACUGGCUCAACCCGGGAUCUAAAUGCUGUCGUCUGUAUACCCUGGGCCCAAAUACAGGGCAGUUCUGUCCAGCCAAUCAGAGUGCGUUCUUAUGUGGGAAGAGGUGCGUCAGCACUCCCCAAAAUGGGGUGCUGCGGCCCACAGUGGAGCAGUUCAAUAAGUACCUACCCGACUUCCUGGGAAACCGUCCUGACCUUCUGUGUCCCAAAGGGGGCCUGGGAGCCUAUGACAAGGCAGUGGUGAGAAACGAAGAAGGUGAAAUCAUAGCCUCGCGGUUCAUGGCGUACCACACGCCCCUCGCCACGUCCCAGGAGUUCACGGCCGCCCUCCGGGUGGCCAGGGAGCUGGCCGCCAACAUCACCCUCAGCAUGCGCCAGGUCCCCGGCACCUCGCCUGACUUUGAGGUCUUCCCGUACACGGUGACGUACGUGUUCUAUGAGCAGUACCUGAGCAUUGUGCCAGAGGGCCUGUUCAACAUCUCGCUGUGCCUGCUGCCCACCUUCGUGGUGUGCUGCAUUCUGCUGGGCAUGGACCUGCGCUCCGGCCUGCUCAACCUGCUCACCAUCGUCAUGAUCACCGUGGAUACCGUGGGGGUCAUGACCCUGUGGGGGAUCGACUACAACGCCGUGUCCCUCAUCAAUCUGGUCACGGCGGUGGGCAUCUCCGUGGAGUUUGUGUCCCACUUGACACGUUCCUUCGCCCUCAGCACGUUGCCCACGCGAGUGGAGAGAGCCAAGGAGGCCACCGCCACCAUGGGCAGUGCGGUGUUUUCAGGUGUUGCCAUGACAAACCUGCCUGGUAUUGUGGUGCUGGCGUUUGCCAAAGCGCAGCUCAUCCAGAUCUUCUUCUUCCGGCUGAACCUCGUCAUCACGCUACUGGGCAUGGUGCACGGCCUCAUCUUCCUCCCCGUCCUGCUCAGCUUCUUCGGACCGGACGUAAACAGGGCCGCGCUCCUGCGGCAGCAGAGGAAGGCCCAGGAGGAGACGGCGUCCAAACAAAACCACGUGUACGAGAACCUGAGCUUCGACGACAGCAAGCGGAGCCCGGCCCCAAACGGUGACGCGAAGGGCGGGGUAGAGACCGCCCCCAAGGCCCCCGAGGCUGAAAACGCCGCAGUUGUAGCGACCACCUUCUGAACUCUGUUGCCGAACUCACCUUCCGCCAUUUUGUCUGAAAAAAAACUAAGCCAAAACGUGCCUUCCCACCAUUGUUUUUUCCAUAACCAGGACAAAGUCUGGGGUGAUUCUGUUCAGCACCUUGUAUGACCACAGCCACAACACCAAAACUCACCAUCUAUCAGCAGAUCCUUACAGGUGUCAUAUUUAUGCAAACAAGACUGGGCAGCUCUGCUUUGGCUGCAACAAUCUCACUCUCUCUGUUCUCUUAUUGUAUUCUUCUGUGCUGUAAGCAAACACCGUUUGGUUGUAUGUGUUGCUGCAGUUUGUAUUAAUGAGUUGCUGCUUAGAACUUCCCCUGUCACCAGGUGCUUGGAGUUUUGCACUGCACUAUUGUACACUAUUGGUGAGUCAGUGAGAAGCUUUGUGAGUCCUCAAAACAGGUGGUGCACAUCAAUGACUAUGUACAGAAUCAAUCAAUGGGCUCAUUCCUGUCACUUAUUUUAUCCAUCCUUGUCUCCUUGGUCCUUGCCUGACCCAGAAAUCAAUCGAGGGCCACCAUCUUCAAGGACAUUCCAACCUGUUAAAUGCUCCUUGAAAGAGUUAGGAACGAGGAGCUCGGAGGCUCCCACAGGAUGCUUGAGCAAGGAAACACAAGUGCAUCCUUUGCGAAAAGGUCAUCGACCUGUAGAUCCACCUCUCCCCAUCUGCCAAGUGUGUAGUUUGCGUGGCUCCAAGGUGACGUUGGACUGAACUAGGACGUUCCAUUUGCCCAUUGCAUGUCAUCUCGAUUCAUCCAUCCUCAAGUUCUUUCCUUGGUUCCUUUCCACGCGUUCUCCGAUGGGUGGAGGUAAAGAGUGAGGAAAAGAUGCAA